AUGGCGGCAAUACCAAAUCCCUUGUCUUCUUCAAGUGAUGUCUUGUCUUCCCAAUUAAAAGGUGUUCGCGCUGAGCCUGGUGCAUUAGUGUCGUUCCGCGACUCCCCAGCGUUUGAAAUGGUAAUGCGACUUAACCAGCGACACAAGGGAAAACUUGUUGCUGCUGUUCUUACAAAUAAUGAAUCAUGCGAUGGAAGUAAAAAUCCUUCUGAUGCUCAAGUGUCAAAGAAAGAGGAUAAAUCUGCAGUGACACAGAGUAGUAAUAAUAGUGGUAGUGGUAGCGCUGAGGAACCGCGAUUGAUAUUUGUUCCUGAGGCGUAUGAGUUUUUUCUUGAUAAUGAGAUGCAGAAAUGGUUAGAUCCAUUUCAUGGUCGUGGAGAGACCCAAAAACAGAAAAAACGUCGCUGUGAAGAAAAUGAAUACAGUAGUGGGGAUGAUGAUAUUAUGGAUGAUAGUGAUGGUGAGGGUAUGAAUUAUAGCUCUUCAUCCUCAUGCUAA